AGUUUCAUCAUCUUUACUUCAUAGUCUUCUGCUUUGAUCUUACAAUACUCUUGAUACCCAUUUUCAUACACGCACUCUUUCACCAAACAAAUCUUUCUAUACAUCAUUCAAAAUGCCUGCUACAAACGGAACAAAUGGAGCUACCAACGGUACCAACGGUACCAAGGAGAAGGUUGAUUACACCAAGAUCCCAGGUCCUCUCGGUCUUGAGAGCGCCAGCUUGAAGGGAAAAGUAGCCUUGGUCACUGGUUCAGGUAUGAAAUCCCCCCUCACCUCUUCCAAUAAAUCCUAACAAAACAAACCAGGCCGUGGAAUUGGUGCCGAAAUGGCCUGUGAGCUCGGUCGUCGCGGCGCAAAAGUAAUCGUAAACUACGCCAACUCUGAUGCCGCAGCCCAAGAAGUCGUAAACACCAUCAAGAAAGCCGGUUCCGAAGCCGUCGCUCUUCAAGGAAAUGUCUCCGUUGUCUCAGACAUCAUCAACCUUUUCGAUCAAGCUAAGAAACAAUGGGGUAAACUCGAUAUUGUUUGCUCGAAUUCUGGUGUCGUUACUUUUGGUCAUAUUAAAGAUGUGACUGAGGAGGAAUAUGAUCGUGUCAUGAAUAUUAAUACCAGAGGACAAUUCUUCGUCGCUAGGGAAGCGUAUAAAAACUUGGAAGUCGGAGGUCGUCUUAUCAUGAUGGGUUCGAUUACUGGUCAAGCUAAGGGUGUUCCGGCUCACACUGUAUACUCUGGUUCCAAGGGUGCUAUUGAGACUUUCGUCCGCUGCAUGGCUAUUGGUAUGUCUAUUUCAUCGACUCCUACACAUAAAACACAUAACUAACCCAACACCUCAGAUUUCGGCGACAAGAAAAUCACCGUAAACUGUAUUGCUCCCGGUGGAAUCAGAACAGACAUGUACCACAAAGUCUGCCGCGAAUAUAUUCCCAAUGGCGCCAAUCUCAGCGAUGACGAAGUAGAUGAAUAUGCCGCUACCUGGUCGCCACUUCACAGAGUCGGUCUUCCAAUAGAUAUUGCUAGAGUUGUUUGUUUCUUAGCAAGUCAAGAUGGAGAGUGGGUUAAUGGCAAGGUUAUUGGAAUUGAUGGGGCGGCUAUGAUGUAAUGAUUCGAAUGAGUAUGAAUUGGAUAAUAGCUCGUUUUGAGGAAUUUUCUUGCGAUGCUCGGUGUAUUGUGGCUUACAGAUAGUUAAUAGAAUGGGAAAAAUUUAUCG